CCAUACAACCGUGGAGCACUCUUCACUGCUCUGGUCGUCAUCUAUGCUCUGACAUCCGGAAUCGCUGGCUACACAGCAGCGUCUUUCUAUGGUCAACUCGAAGGAAAGAACUGGGUGAGGAAUUUAUUGCUGACCGGAUGCCUCUUCUGCGGCCCUCUCUUCCUGACCUUCUGCUUCCUCAACACAGUCGCCAUCGCUUACAACGCUACGGCAGCAUUGCCCUUUGGAACCAUCAUGGUGAUCGUCCUCAUAUGGACACUUGUCACAUCGCCGUUGCUCGUGUUGGGCGGAAUUGCCGGUAAAAACAGCAAAGCCGAGUUCCAAGCGCCAUGCCGAACCACAAAGUACCCGAGGGAGAUACCGCCAUUGCCGUGGUACAGAAGCGCAAUUCCUCAGAUGGCGAUGGCUGGUUUCUUACCAUUCAGCGCCAUCUACAUAGAGCUGUACUACAUAUUCGCCAGCGUGUGGGGCCACAGGAUCUACACCAUUUACAGCAUCCUCUUCAUCGUCUUCAUCAUUCUUCUCAUCGUCACUGCUUUCAUAACGGUGGCUCUCACCUACUUCCAGCUCGCAGCCGAAGACCACGAGUGGUGGUGGAGGUCAUUCCUGUGUGGAGGAUCGACGGGGAUGUUUAUAUACGGGUAUUGCGUGUACUAUUACUACGGGAGAUCGGACAUGACGGGAUUCAUGCAAACGUCGUUCUUCUUCGGGUACAUGGCCUGCAUCUGCUACGGCUUCUUCCUCAUGCUCGGGUCCAUCGGCUUCCGCUCGUCCCUUCUCUUCGUCCGCAUAUUUUUUUCGAUAAAACAAAUUAGAAAAUCACUCAAAGGCUGAUCACCAAUCCGAUUACGCAAAGUUAUUUUAACAUGACUAAAAACUGUCAUAUAAAUGAGCAAUUUUGAAUUUAUUCCGUUAAAUAGAUCAUUAAAUUUUGGAC